AUGGCUCACGAUCGGGAUGAUGAAGUCGAAGUGGACCACGAGAAUCCGGCUGAUGCCCUUUACAAGCCGCCAGCACAGAAGUCAAUGAUGGAAAUCUUGGCUUGCGAUGAAGGAGAUGAAAGUUUGCAACGAUACAAAGAGAAGCUCUUGGGGAGCGCGAUUGAUUCGGUGAUAGUCGAUCCUUCCGAUCCAAAGACGGUGCUAUUACGUGAGCUCUCCCUCGUAGUUGAAGGAAGACCCGAUGUGGUCCAGGACCUCACCGAUAGCAAGAGACUCGAGGAGACAAACUUUAAGAUUAAGGAAGGAGUUCAAUACAGGCUGCGUUUCAAGUUCUACGUUCAGCGAGAAAUGGUCACGGGUCUUCGCUAUUCGCAUCGUGUCACGAAAAUGGGCGUCCCUGUGAUCAACGAGCAUUUGAUGGUUGGAUCGUAUGGCCCGAAGCACGAGUUGAUCGUCUACAUCACGCCGCCAGAGGAGGCUCCUUCCGGGAUGUUAGCACGAGGAAAAUAUAAAGUGCACUCGAAAUUCACGGACGAUUACAAGAACGUCUUCGCGAAAUGGCAAUGGACGCUGGAAAUCGCAAAGGAUUGG